AUGUCCAAGUCAGUUAAUGUUGCAAUUAUUGGAUCCGGUGUUGUUGGUUCAUCAUAUCUCAAUCAAUUGAAAAACUUGAAAAGCAACAUCGCUUUCAAUGUAAUUUAUUUGGCUAAAACUUCGGAAGAAGCUUUAUACAGCAAAGACUACAAACCAGUCGAUUUGGCAACUUAUGAAACAGCUCCAACCCAGCCUACAUUAAGUUUAGAUGACUUAGUUCAAUUCAUAAAAGGUUCAAAGAAACCAAGUGUGUUGGUCGAUAAUACUUCUAGUCCAGAAAUUGCUAACUACUACCCUACUUUCAUUAAGGAAGGUAUUUCAAUUGCUACUCCAAAUAAAAAGGCUUUUUCAUCUGACUUAAAAGCAUGGAAAGAAAUUUUACAAACAACCGAAUUGCCAGGUGCUGGUUUAGUUUACCAUGAAUGUACUGUUGGUGCUGCAUUGCCAAUUAUCUCUCCAUUGAAAGAUUUGAUUGCUACUGGUGAUAAAGUUGAUAAAAUUGAAGGUAUUUUUUCAGGUACUUUGUCAUAUAUUUUCAAUGAAUUUUCCAAAACCGAAAAAUCAGAUGUUAAAUUCUCUGACGUUGUUAAAAAGGCCAAAGAGUUGGGUUACACUGAACCUGAUCCAAGAGACGAUUUGAAUGGUUUGGAUGUCGCUAGAAAAGUCACUAUUUUGGCUAGAAUUUCUGGUUUGGAAGUCGAAAGCCCAACUUCUUUCCCAGUUGAAUCUUUGAUUCCAAAAGAGUUAGAAGGUGUCGAGAGUGUUGCUGAAUUCUUGGAAAAAUUGCCAAAUUACGAUGCUGAUAUUCAAAAAGUUAAAGAUGAAGCCUUUGCUGAAAACAAAGUUUUAAGAUUUGUUGGUAAAGUUGAUAUUAACACCAACAAAGUAUCAGUUGAAAUAGGUAAAUAUGGGUUUGACCAUCCAUUCGCCUCAUUGAAAGGUAGUGAUAAUGUUGUUUCUAUCAAAACCGGAAGAUAUCCAAAUCCUUUGAUUGUUCAAGGUGCUGGUGCUGGUGCUGAAAUCACUGCUCAUGGUGUUUUGGCAGACACUAUCAAAAUUGCUGAAAGAAUUGCCAAUUGA